CAGAGAAGCAGGAAAUCGUAGGAUUGCAGUUGCAUUUUCAGUUCGGUAUUUGGAUGUAUGUUAACGACUUAGCUAUAAUGUCGACAGUGCAUCCAUUUCUGAAAAAAUGUUUAUUGAUGAUGCGUCGACCUCAGUUAAAGUGGUGGCUGCAUUUUUCAUUUCUUAGUCUCCUUUCCGCUGUUUCGUUUGGAGAAGUCCGUUAUGUUCUUCCAGAAGAGAUGCAGAGGAGCUCUGUGAUUGGAAACGUUGCGCGGGAUCUGGGGCUGGAGGUGAAAGAGCUUGAUGCUCGUCGAGCCCGUGUUGUUGCAGAAGGAACAAGCCAGCUGUGUGAACUGGACACUGCGUCAGGCAAUCUUUUGAUCAGCCAACGGAUAGACCGAGAGGAGCUCUGCGCACAAGCCACUGCCUGCAUUUUACAGUAUCAGCUUUUACUUGAACAGCCCCUUCAAGCAUUCAGCAUAGUUUUGGACAUUACAGAUAUAAAUGACAACAGCCCAGUGUUUCCUACGGGGGAGAUAAAACUGGAUUUAGUGGAAUCCACAGUUCUAGGGAGGCGCUUUCCCUUAGAGAGCGCGCAUGACCCCGAUCUCGGCACGAAUUCUGUCCGUGAAUAUACACUGAGCCAGAAUGACAAUUUUGCACUGGAAAUGGGUAACCAAAUGAACGGAAAUGCUUAUCCUGAGCUAGUUCUUAAAAAGGCAUUGGACCGGGAGGCACAAGUUGAACAUGUACUGAAAAUCAAUGGAAUUGACGGGGGAAAUCCGGCUAGAUCAGGAACUGCUUCUAUCCUUAUCCGUGUUUUAGAUGCCAAUGAUAAUGUCCCAGUUUUUAGCCAGCGAGUUUUCAAAGCCUCUGUGCCAGAGAACUCAGCCAUAGGGACUGUCAUAACCACGCUACAGGCCACGGACCUGGAUGAGGGGGUGUAUGGGGAGAUAACUUAUUUCUUCAGUCAUCUGUCUGACAAGUUGGGAGGUGUUAUUGAAAUUGACCCUUUAAGCGGAGAAGUUCGCGUAUCAGGUGUCAUUGACUAUGAAGAAGCUAGCUCACACGAGCUAGAUGUUCAGGCUAAAGAUGGCGGUGGCCAGGCCUCACACUGUAAACUUAUAAUUGAUGUGAUUGACGUGAACGACAAUAAGCCCGUGAUAGAAAUAAAGUCGGCCUCUUCUAACGUGGCUGAAGACUCCAAACCAGGGACUAUGGUUGCUCUGAUUAAUAUAUAUGAUAUGGACACUGGGAGCAGUGGGCGUGUCACCUGUACGAUCUCAAAAAAUGUUCCUUUUAAAUUAGUAUCGGAGGUCAAAAACUAUUACAUGCUAGUGACUGAUGGAAUAUUGGACAGGGAAGUGCAACCAGAGUAUAACCUCACAGUAACUGCCACUGAUGCGGGCUCUCCCCCACUUACUAGUGUAAAAGUUAUACCAAUCGCGAUUAGCGAUAUAAAUGAUAACCCCCCGACAUUUAUGCAAAGCGAGUACAAUGCCAACAUCUUGGAAAACCAACCCGUUGGCACGUUUGUCAUUAAAGUCAAAGCGGAAGACGUUGACGACGGGUCUAACGCUAAAAUCCAAUACCAAAUAUCAAAGGACACAAACUCAGAAGUGUCAUCUUUCUUAAGCAUCAACUCAGACACGGGGGAGGUCUUUACCUCACGCAUGUUUGACUACGAACAGUCAGUUUACUUCCAAAUUAAAGUGACAGCUAGAGACGGCGGUGGGCCUUCACUUUCCACCACCUGCAUUAUAAAUGUGUUUAUUAAGGACCAAAAUGACAACGCACCUGUGGUCUUAUAUCCUGUGCAAAGUAGCGGUUACAUUGCUGAAGAUAUGGUACCAGCUGAAGCGCCUAGAGGUUACCUGGUUACUAAGGUGGUGGCUGUGGACGCUGACUCAGGUCAUAACGCAUGGCUUUCUUACAGAAUAAUCAAAGCAACACGGCCUAACGUGUUUAUGGUAGAUCUGCAUACAGGGGAAAUCAGAACAACGAGAACAUUCAUAGAGGACGAUGAACCAAAACAUACUAUUGUUGUAUUAGUAACGGAUAACGGGCUCGAAUCUCUCUCUGCCACUGCGACAGUCAGCAUAAUGCUUGGUGAUGGGCUCCCCGUUUUAAGCGAACUUUUAGAGUUUGCAGAUGAGUCACAAGAGAGCGAUAACUUAACGCUCUAUUUGAUAAUCGCUCUUUCAACCGUGUCUUCUAUGUUUAUCCUUCUAAUCAGCGGAGUGUUUUAUUUUAAACUCUGUCGGCGUGGCUACGUUUACCGUUCAACCACAGCCAGUCUGCCCGUUUUCCCCACGACCUAUUGCCCCUCUAGUUUUGCAGAUUUUAGCCGUUGCGGCACCUUGCUGAAUGAUGAGCGAUAUGAUUCCUUUAUGACCACCGGGUCGUGGAGAGGUGAUUUUCGUUUCGCAUCAAAUACAGACACCGACACUCUUAAGAAAAGAAGUGCGGCUUAUCAGAAAAACACACUGAGGCGCCUCAGUGCAGACAGGGCAACGCUGAAGGUGAGGGCAGGUGCACCGCAUCCCUGUUAUGUGAUCAAAUGAGAGUGUGCCAUAGCAUGUUUUAACAUGUUGGAUUUGAGAUGGACCUUUUUAACAAAAAUGUUGUAACUGGGGUUUCUUUAAAAACUAAAUAAAUAAUUAAUGCUUCUAUAUAAUUACUUUAAAUAUACACGUAAUGGAUCUAGUGGUUCUAAAAGAUUUUGUCUUAUAUAUGGGUGUAUUUGUGCACGAAUAUGUUGUCUUUUAUAUAUAACCUCAACUUCACCGCCACAUUGACAUAUUGGACACAGGUAGCAGUCUCAAACUUAUAGGUGUUGAUCUUUUGACAUAUUAUUAGACAUAGUAUCACAGAAGUGUAACUAAAGUAUGUAUUGUAUUUAUUUAUAUUGCCUGUGACAGUUAAAUGUAGCGUUUAGUAACUUUAUAAAUUUUCUGUCAUUUUUUUACAUUUAUUUUCUGUUUUUAAUCUAAGAAAAAAAAUAUUCUAUGGUUGAUCCCCUUUAUCUUAUCUGAACAAGUAACAGACACAACAUAAUAUUUGUAAUACCUUUCAGUGUGGAAAACAUAUAACUGAUUUAAUACAUUAGUUGAAAUGUCUCAUUUUCUGCAUUCAAAAUGCAGGGCAGACCGUUAUGACUUCUUCAUUCAUCCCUAUGUCUUUUGAGAGUGAUAUAGUUGAAGAGAAGUAGUCUUAAGUCUAAGUCUUUUGCUUUGUCUGUGGUAUUUUUGUUUUUGCCUGAGUAAAAACAUUAUUUGCAAUUGUAAUUUUCCAUAUACAGCCUGUUUUAUUUUUCUCUUUGCUUUACUGCAGCCAACUUUUGUCAUUGUUUUCAUCCUUCAUUUGCCCAUCUAUUAUGUUACCACUUAUCCAGCUUGGGGUCUUGGGGCUUGAACCAAUCCCAGCUGACAUAGUACACCCCUGUGAGGUUGUCAGUAUUUUUAUUUAUUUGGGGGGGGAUCAAAUAAAGCUUUGCACCACAUACCUUUUAUUGAACCAUAUGUCAAUAGAUUUUGUGCAUUUGAUGAAAAAUAAACUUUUAGA